AUGAUUAGUUUUCUAGAAAAGAACACGAGGUAUGCGCUUGUUCUCAACAAUCGAGUCACAAUUAGAAUAUGUUCUCAAGUUUAUCGUCAAAAGCGAAACGGCCGCCUUCUUCCUGGCAACAUCGAAAGUAAGCCUACUUUUAGCGGCCCUGAACAAAUACUUUUGUUUUGACCUUUCGAAUGCGCUCGAGGCUUUCAUCUUGUUCUUUUCGUUCACUCCCGCUGUUUUUUAGUCCUUUUGUUUUCAGGCCAAACGCUUUAAAAAAAAUUUCCAGAGUAUCCGAUCAUGUCGUCGCCUUCUCUCGAUCGUUCGGAUAAUUCCGCGUUGAGAUAUCCACACCUUAGAGGUUUUCAUCGACUUUUUAAUGAAAAUAAAAGUAAACCGGCUCUUUUUGCAGGAAAAUUCGCAUGUGCUUCAUGCGGCCAAGAAUUUGUGCACGCCGCUUCUCUCCGACGUCACCGAAUCUCGCUGAAAUGUUCCGAACAAACGUGUCAACUGUGUGAUCAGCAAAUCGAAAAACAAAGGGAAGCGGUGCACAUUCACAUGGUCGAUAAGCACAACAUUCCGCACGUCUUCUGCUGCUCGUGCUGCAAUUGGGCGUUCGCCGAAAAGCGCCUGCUCAGUGCCCAUCAAAAGUCAAUGAGGACUUGCGGACUGCCCGGCGAUGCGACGCCCGUCGCGAAGGGAACGAAUCCACCCGGGUCGCUCUGGCAGGAUGGUCCGCCGAAACCGUCGUCGCCGAUUUGUAAAACUCCGAAAAGAAAGUCGUCGGUUAACUCCCUUUGCUCUUCAGUAAGAUCUCACAACUUCUGCUCGUCAAUUUCAUAACAUUUCUUUCAGAGCUUCUCGAGUCUCCAGUCGUCGCGCGCGUCUUCGUCCUCUCCGCCUCCACAACCUUCAAUUCCUUCCGCUCCCGACCCGCCCGUCUCCAUUUCCAUUACCAUUCCGUCGACGUAUUCGCUCAGCUCGGCACUUGAAUUAGCGCUCAAAUCGUCGCCGUUUAAAGGAGACGAGAUCACUGAUCCCGAAAAUUGGACUGCGAUUGUGACGACGGCCAUUUUGCUCGCGAAAGGACCCGAAGGCCUCAAAAAACUGGACACGGAAUUGCUUUUUGAAGAGGACGAACAAAAUAAAGUUUUAUCCAUUUAA